AUGUACUUCUCCAAGGCCACCAUCAUUGCCGUUGCGGCUCUCCUCUCCACCGGCUACGCCCUCCCCGCCGCCACCGGCAGCUGCCCCGACCAGGCUGCCGCCUGCCGCUCUUCAGGAGGCUCUGGCUGUGAUGCUGCAGCUAAGAGCUGUUGCGAUUCUACGAUCCCUGUUGUUUCACCCAAAUCGGACGGCGACCACUACCAGUGCUACCAGGACUCUGGAAUUGGCAGCAUGCUUCAGAGGCGUGACCCCGGUGACGAGUGUGCGACCACCGCCAACAGCUGCCGCGCCACUGGAGGCUCUGGUUGUGAUGACGCAGCCGCCAGCUGCUGCGACAAAGCUAUAACUGUUGUUUCUCCCAAGUCAGACGGCGACCACUACCAGUGCUACAAGAACGCUGGUAUCGAGAGCCGCCUCAACAAGCGCGACGCGGGCGAUGACUGUGCCGCUGCAGCCAAAUCCUGCCGCGCCACCGGAGGUGCCUCGUGUGACGAUACCGCUGCUGCUUGCUGCGAUAAAUCUAUUCCUGUUGUUUCCCCCAAAUCAGACGGCGACCACUGGCAGUGCUACCAGGACGCUGGCAUCGGUAGCCGCCUCAGCAAGCGUGACAUUGGCCCUGAUUGUGCGGCUAGCGCAAAGUCCUGCCGCUCCACCGGCGCAUCGGACUGCGACAACAAGGCCAAGACGUGCUGCGAUCAGAUCCAGGUCGUGAGCCCUAAGUCGGACGGAGACCACUGGCAGUGCUACCAGGACGCUGGCAUUGGCAGCAUGCUUUCCCAGUAA